UCCAACCUCAGAGAGCAGCGGAGUAAUUCCGGGAAAAGGCGGACUGACAUUUUGUCGCCAGAGUCGCUUCGACCCAGCAGAGUGCCUGUGUCUGUGUUGAUUGGUGCUUGGGGGGGAAAACUGAAGACAGUUGGAUCAUGACAACAGAAAGAAACAGCAAAGCCCUGAAGGUGAAGCAGGAAUGUGGCGAGAACGUGCCCUUCCUGUCGGACAGUGAGCUCAUGUCUCUCUCGGUCCGGGAGUUGAACCUCCACCUGCGCGGCCUUUCCCGCGAGGAGAUCCAGAAGUUGAAGCAGCGCCGUCGCACCUUGAAGAACCGGGGCUAUGCCGCCAGCUGCCGGGUCAAACGGGUCUCUCAGCGUGAGGCCCUGGAACAGCAGAAAAUGGAGCUCCAGAGGGAGGUAGAGAGGCUCGGGGCUGAGAACGCCGGCAUGAGGAAAGAGCUGGAGGGACUCGGCGCACGCCUGGCCGCUCUCCAGAGGUUCGCCAGGGGCCUGGAAGCCGGAGGGGGCAACCUGCUAGCUACAGCCCCGCGCCUCAACACCGCCUCUGUCAUCACCAUCGUCAAGAGUCCACCACAGCCUCAGCCACAGAGAGAACAGGAGCCUUCCUAGAAGGAGCUCCUGGAACCAGACUUGGGGGAGGGACGCACAAUUUGCAAUGCAAACACACAAAUUCACACACACCUGCAGGCAUACAUAUACUAUACACACACAUGCCGGAGAACAGGAAGACAAUAUUAGUAGGAAAAUACUAAAUGCUUGUUUGCAUCAUUCCUCGUUCACGUUAUGAUAUUCAAGAGUCAUUUGGUCCUGCGUGAUACAGUGCUGACAGAGAGGUGUGUAACGUCACCGUACAGACGAUAGCUAUGCUUAGUUUUCCAAAGUAAAGGUCGGGAACAGUGGAAAAGUCAUCUAGGACUUGUGGAGGUGUCCUCUACUAUAAUGCUAUUUUUAUAACACUGCAGCUUAGUUGACUGAAAUUUGCUAAAGUGUGUUUGUUUAGAAACUCUCAUGUUCAGAACAAUGCAGCAGGUGUAGUGUGAACGAGGCGUUGAGCACUGAUGCGCACACACACGCACACACACACACACACAUGCACAAAAUCCUCACACUCAUUCCCCGAUCCACACAGGGUGUAGACAUUGACUAACUGGACUCUGACUGAAGCCAGAACAACCCAACCAGAGUUACUGCACAUCUCCACUGUUCGACGAAUCCAGCCGGUGUUCUCUGAUUGUGCUGCCGAAAGACCAGGGCUUCUCCCCGCUUCAGGUUAUGGCACCUGACCAACAGCAAAAUGCCAGGAUGGAGUGGAUGUACAGUGUGUAUGUGCUGCUUCCUCCAGCUCGACCAAGCCUGCAUUCCUGGUACAGUUGUAGUCUGAAGUUGUUAGCUUUUUUUCUCAUACCAGACCAGGAUCAUGUGUUUCUGCUAUCAGGCAAGAAAGUGUCCCAGAGUAUGAAUCACUUAGUCAUUAAUGCAGAGUUUUUCAACCUUGGUGUCACUUGAAAUCCCGGCGGGGGCCCUGGGAGAUUUCCCAAACUAAUAUAUUGACGUUUUUUGGGUCUUACUUUAAUAGUUUGAAAAGGAUUACUUCUAUAUAACAAAUCCGGAGCUUCCUUCAUUCUCAUGAAAAUAAAAUACAGCACUAUACCACACUCAGUCACUUGACCGUUCUCUAACUGCUUGGGUCAUGAGGAUUUUGGAAGCAAAAGCUGUCACAUAGUCCAGAAAAAAGGUUGAGAAGCACUGUGUUCAUAAAUUAUGAAUUCUUUCAAACUUCCUUCAGUGAAAUUUCUUAGUUUUGGGAUUAACAAAUCACCGCUAGCUAUCUGCUCUACACCUCCAUUUUAGGAAAAAAGUAGUUUUGUACACAUUUCCCACAUUAUUGCAGUGCCUUCAGUGUAUUUAGGAGUUACGAGAAUGCAAACCUAAGAGGGAAAAGGUUUCAAAGCGGACUGUAAUCGCUCCUUCUUGCAUGUUCAUGACGGCACAUUUCCUUUUUUCUUUAUGAUUACUUUUCUUUUCAACUACUUCCUGAACUAUAAUCCCACAUUACUCAUUUCACAAUUCCUACUGUGCAGUAACUUUGCUACAAUCUGCUGCGGCUUCCGUUUUACAUAUCUGGUUGGACUCCCAACAACAGGUGUUGGUCUUUUUGCUAAAAACGUGUCAAAGCAGAGUGGCGUCUGGUAGGAAUUGCGCUCAAAUCGAUGCAAAUCCUCUGCAUACAUUCCCGUUUUGUGUUCUUAUUUGUAAUGUUUGUAUGUGCUGUUGAGAGACAAAAAUGUUGAGUGACAUUUAUCAGAGAUAUAUUCUAUAUUUUAUUUGUAUUUAAAGGUAGAUAUUAUGAAAAGACAAGCUAACGAGUGCUGUGAUGUUCUGUCUGUUUUCAGAAGUACUUACUUAUGACUAGUCUGGGGAUAUUCUCAUGUCCAAUUAUUGUGUUGUGUGGCAAUGAUGAUUACUUUACAAAAAUGUUAAUUAUUAGCUAUGUAGAAAUAUGCUCAAAGCCAAUGGCCAUAUUGCUGUAUGAUGAUUUUUUUUUUUUUUUUUUUUUUUGUCUGUGUUUUUCCAUGUUUGUACUGGCUCGUCAUUGUGGAUUCUUGGAGGGAUAUUAUUUUUCUAUGAUGGUUUGUAUGGUAUUUGUGUGAAAAAUUAAGGUCACUUCUGAAUUGUCAGGCUGGGCAAAAAACACAGGAUGUUAAAGGAAAACAGAUGAGUGGAAAAAAGUGUGGAGAGGAAGAUGGAGAUGAGGAGGAGACGAGAAAGUUGAGGAGCUGUCGGAUGAUGGAGAAAGAAAGUAGGCAAGGGCGGACCGGGAAAGAAGGUGGAGAGAGGUGGUGUUUUAUUCACUUGAAAACCUCCAUCGGUCGUAGGCCUGUUUCAGUCAAGACGUGCUCAAACAGGCCUGGAUUUCAUGGAGUCUAGGCCACUGAAUAGUGCUAGCAAUAUCAUUUAUAAGCAGGCAUUGUAACACAUUAGACUGUGUUGACAAAUAACUCCUUAAGAUAUGAGGCAUAUAUUUAGCUAUAUGAAUAUCAGCGUGGCAAAGCAUUUAUUCUCAAUAUUUUAACGUCUCACACCUGUCAAAUUGUGCUGGAUGUUUUGUAAUACUUGCAAAACAAAAACGGUCUUUGUAUUUAUUACUUGUAUUUUUUCUAUUGUGAAAAUUUAAGUAC